AGUCAGCUCCUGGCAAUGGCUUCUGAGGAGUGCAUUUUGCUAGAUGUGGAAUUGGAUGACUUUAUUCUCUGCAACAUCUCUGCCACUCAACAGGCUAAUUUCUCUCUGCUGGGUGAGGACUUCUUUUACUAUAAAUUUCUAUAUGCAAUUCCAACUAUUUAUGGAAUCAUCAUUUUGAUAGGUCUUGUUGGCAAUAUCACACUGAUCAAAAUCUUCUGUUCUGUGAAGUCCAUGAGAAAUGUUCCCAAUUUGUUCAUCUCCAGCUUGGCAUUUGGAGACUUGCUUCUUUUGCUCACCUGUGUUCCUGUGGAUGCCAGCAGGUACCUGUCUGCUGAAUGGCUCUUUGGUCGGGUUGGAUGUAAACUUAUUCCUUUCAUACAGCUCACUUCAGUGGGGGUGUCUGUCUUCACACUCAUGGCUCUCUCUGCAGACAGGUACAAAGCCAUAGUGAGACCAAUGGACAUCCAAGCUUCCCAUGCACUAUUGAAGAUUUGCUUGAAAGCUGCCCUGAUCUGGAUUUUUUCCAUGCUGCUUGCUGUUCCUGAAGCUGUGUUUUCAGACUUGCGUCCUUUCUAUGACAAAGGCACUAAUAAAACAUUCAUCAGCUGCACACCUUAUCCACUUACCAAUGAGCUGCACCCCAAAAUUCAAUCAAUGGCUUCCUUUCUUAUCUUUUACGUUAUUCCCCUAUCUGUGAUUUCAGUAUAUUAUUAUUUCAUUGCCAAAAAUCUCAUCCGGAGUGCCUACAACCUACCAGUAGAAGGGAAUCUGCAUGUUAGGAAACAGAUGGAAUCCCGAAAACGCCUAGCCAAGACUGUCCUGGUUUUUGUUUGUAUCUUUGCUGUCUGUUGGCUUCCAAACCACAUCAUCUACUUAUAUCGGUCAUACCAUUACUCUGAGGUGGACACAUCUGUCCUGCACUUUAUCACCUCCCUCUGUGCUCGAAUCCUGGCAUUUGCUAACUCUUGCAUCAACCCUUUUGCACUCUACCUGCUCAGCAAGAGUUUUCGUAAACAGUUCAAUCAUCAGUUGAGAUGUUGCAAGGCCCCAGCUCUCAUUCGGUCCCAGAGCAUGGGCAGAAGCACGACACGGAUGGCAUCCCUCAAGAGUACCAACCAGUCAAUGGUCACAUUCAGUUUUAUCAAUGGCAACCACCUCUGCCACGAGGGUACAGUAUAG